CCUUGGGGGGAGUUGGGCGGCAUCUUCAGUUGGACAUUGGCCUCCGUAAGACGAAGAGUCGGGAAAAAGAGCCGUAGGGUGCGACAGGAGAGGACGAGCACGGGCUUCCUCCUCGGAUUUCUUCUCAACGACCCACAGAACACCCGGAAGGAUGCGACUGUCGACGAUUUUCGAGUUAUUGCUGAUCCUUUUGUUGGUGGCCUUCGCGGCGUACGGUCGAGUGAUCGAUCGCGAUGAAGUGGCACAUCGUGUGAUACGCGCCGCGGAUAACUCGAAGCAGAGCGACAUGAGCCUGUCGACAAUGUCGCUGAAACAGGCGACCGAUAGUGUGAAUCGAUAUUGCACCUGCAACGAGAACAUUUGCAACUGCUGUCGGGACUUUCACAUACCGGUUGUGCAGCUGAAAGGACCGGGUUGCGCCUCGUUGCAAUAUCUACAGGGUGACAAUUUAGCGAUGCAGCUGAGCUUCGGCGACAACAUAUUAACGAGCACGAUGGUUAACGGAAAGAGUCCGAGGCCUGUGUGCGUGCCGUUACCUGGCGGUUUUACUAAAUUUUGUGGUAGAAUUUAUUCCAUCCAACGUGACGCAAAGAAUCACUUUAAAGCUUGCCUCGGUCUAGAACUGCAGUCGGCUACUGAAUUGGAAGCUAGCCUACGUGUCAGUUGCUUCAGAUUCGGCCCGGACGGUCUGAAGCUUCGACCAGCCGAACCACUUCCCGUUGUCGAGGCGGAAUCCACCGAGGAAGAUGAAGAUGAUGAUUUUUUCGGUUUCGGUUCGGAUGAUGAUGAGGACGAUGACGACGAGGAUGAUGAGGACGACAGACCUUCUUUAAAUUCUGUUCCGGAUGCCUCAGGAAUUGACGACGCCCAGGAUGCAGACGAUGAGGACGACGACGAUGAUCUGUUGGGCUUAGGCACUCUGUUGGACAUCUUCACCGGUGACGACGAUGCCACGACAAAGAGACCCAGACCUACUACUGUGGCGCCGUUAUUGCAAUUCACUAUACCGAUUCUAACGAGGCCAACGACUCCCGCACCAUUGGAGGACUAUGAACUGUCCACUAGCGGCAAUAAUGUGUCAGUGGAACCGAAUAAUGACGAAAACAGCACUCAGGAACCCGUCAAGCUCGACGAAGAAGAGGAGACGGAAUCCGUCGACAACAACAACGAAGACAUCAUCGAAGAGAAUCAAGAGGAGGAAGUCACUGAAGCCUCUAACAAAAUCGUGUUCUACGCGAAACCUGACAAAGGGGAACAACCCCCUAACAAAGUAAAGAAAGGCGUCGUCGGGGACAAGAAGAAACCCACAGUGACAUCAACGAGCAUUAAUGCUAUUGAUGAGCCUGAGAAGCCGUCAAAGAAACCCAUUAAGGACGAGGACGAAAAUGAAGACGACGAUGACGACGACGAGGAUGCCAUUUUGGAUGACGAUGACGAAGACGACGACGAAGUUCUCGACGACGACUAUGAUAAGGAUGACGAAGAUGAAGACGAAGAUGACGAAGACAAGUUGGACGAUGAGAAGUUCGACGACGAUGAAGAUGAGAAAGCGGAGGAUUUCGACGAUUUGGAUGACGAGGAUGAUGAAGAGGACGAAGCCAUGUUGACUGCUAUUAUGGGUACCGGAAAAAACAAAAAGAACAACAAAGGUGACACGAUAAACAAGCCUAAUGUCGACGAGGAUGAUUACGGUCUUGGUCUGGGAUUCUUGGCCAGGAAGAGGCAUCCCGAAGGAAAUCGUCAGAGCAAGAUCACGAGGCUUUGAGAAAUGUAUAGACCUGUGCUCCAGUCAGUAGGAUAAGUGGAAGUCGAGGAAAUCGAGAGUAGUCGUCUUCUUGUCUGGUCGCGGAUCUACUCGUCCCGACGAAACCCGAAGAGUCCCGUUGGGUAAACGAAGUGCUCAUUUGAGAAUACGGUGGAUAUCGAUGUAAUUGUGUGACAGUGUGAUGUAUCUUUUUAACGAUAAAAUUGCGAGAGCUUUCGCCUCUCGAUAAUUGCGUGAUGAAUAGUCAUGAUACCUUAAUUAUUUGUAAACGGACACUUGUAAUUUUGCAAUGAUUACCGAUUUAUUUAUUUACUUAUGAUGGUUGUUGAUUUUGUCGUUAAAAAAUAAGCAGUUUUCUGUUUUACGAUUACGUUAUCAUUUUUUAAGUGGUUAAUUGCUUAUUUAUUGGAUAUUGUGGAGACUGACGCAAGAUUUAACAGACUUGGAGGAAUACCUUUAGGCGAAAGAAAGUAGCUUAAAUAAGAUCGCGCGACAGCAAGAUUUUUAUGUAAACGUCAGGAUUCGUUCGUUGAGGAUUGCUAUUUGCGAGGAAGACUUGUACAUGAAUUGUUCGUGACCUCAGCCAUAAUAAAUUGUUCGAUUAGUUUAACGUUAUUUAUUAAGAGCAAAUGAAUAUUUAUGAUUUAUGUACGUAUUUAAGUUAUUUAUUGACGUUGUAAUUAAGCAAACUGAAUAAAUGUAACUUAUGCUAUUA